AUGAAGUCCUUCGCCGCCGCAGCAGUUGCUGCCUCUAUCGUAGGCGUUGCGUCUGCAAGACAAUGUCAGAACCUCACCGUUCCUGUCGUGAUCACUGCCAGGAACGCCGUGUUCGACAAGGAGGCGUUGACUCCGAAGAACAACAUCGAUGUCACCAACAUCAUCUUGACGGGCACCCAACAAGGCCACAACGCGACGGCCGAAGCCCUCAAGGGUUACGCUGAUGUCUCGGGAACGUAUCACAUUGCCGCGACCUACUGCGAGCCAGAUUCAGGCACGCCCACGACGAUUCAGAUCUUGACCCACGGCAUUGGCUUCGACCGCAGCUACUGGGAUUUCUCGUACAACAACUACAACUACUCUUACAACGCUCGCGCUGUCGAUGAGCAUGGCUACGCGACCUUUGCCUACGAUCGCCUCGGAAUCGGGCAGUCUUCCAUCGGCGAGCCUGUCAACGAGAUCCAAGUGCAGCUCGAGAUCGCCGCCCUCAAGUCUCUGACUGAGGACAUCCGCAGCGGCUGCAUCGAGGGCGUCCCUGCCUUUCACAAGGUCCUGCACGCUGGCCACUCCUUCGGCUCCGUUCAGACCUACGCCCUGACCGCCAUGUACCCGGACAUCUCGGACGGCAUCGUCCUUACAGGCUUCUCCCAGAACGGCACCUUCCUCCCCUUCUUCCAGCUCGGCGGCAAUUUCGUCCAAGCCAACCUUAACUCCGCUCUGUCCAAGUACCCUGACGGCUACCUCGCGGCAGGCUCGCCAUCCGGCGUGCAGACCAAUUUCUUCUCUCCCGGGGACUUCGACCCCCUGCUUCUCCCAGUGGCAUUCAAGACCGGCCAACCUGUAACGGUCGGCGAGCUGCUCACCAUCGGAGGUGCCGCUGGAGCAGUCAACCAAUUCAAGGGACCCGUCCUCAUCAUCACCGGCGAGCGCGACGUGCCGUUCUGCGGUGGCGACUGCUACAAGCCCCCAACGGGCUUCAAGUCCAUCCCAGAGACCUCCAAGGCCAUGUUCCCGGCCACCAGCAAGUUCGAAGUUCAAAUCGUGCCAGGCGCUGGGCACGGACUGAACCUCGAGUACACCGCUCCGAUGACAUACUCUACCAUCGCGACCUUUUUGGCGCAGAACGGUCUGGCUCCCAGCUCGUCGAUGAGGACUCGUCGUGCUUAG